GGACCGCAGGUGCUGAAGUCCACCAGGGCUCAGUGGAACAAGAUGCUGCGGUUCUUUGCGGUUUUUGCGUUUGUCUCGGUGGGUUUGACGGAGUGUGUCGGUGGCUCGUACGUAGCAGCGGUGUACGAGCACAGAGUCAUCCUGAACCCGGAGCCUCGCACCCCCCUGAGCCGCAGAGAUGCCCUGACACACAUGCAGAGAAACCUGGACAUUUACGAGGAGCAGGCUGCCCGGGCUGCCCGGCAGGGUGCCCAGAUCUUGGUGUUUCCAGAGGAUGGUAUUCAUGGGUUCAACUUCACCCGUUUGUCCAUCUCUGGAUACCUGGAGAGCGUUCCUGACCCUCAGCAGGAGACCUGGAACCCCUGCACAGACCCACACAGAUACAACAACACUGAGGUUCUGCAGCGACUGAGCUGUAUGGCCCGUCGUUACAACCUCUACCUGGUAGCCAACAUGGCCGCUCUGCAACCUUGUCUCCAGAGGACAGACCCGUCGUCAUCCUGCCCCCCCGAUGGACGCUGGCAGUUCAACACCAAUGUGGUUUUCAGGUCAGACGGUCUCCUGGUGUCACGCUACCAUAAAAACAACCUGUACUUUGAGGAGGCUUUUGACAAACCCCCGCAAGCUGAAAUUGUUACAUUUGAUACGCCUUUUGCUGGGAGGUUUGGCCUCCUCAUCUGCUUUGACAUCCUGUUCCAUGAUCCUACAAUAACCCUGCUGGAAAAGGGAGUGCGACAGCUGAUCUACCCCACUGCCUGGAUGAACCAGCUCCCCCUGCUGGAUUCAAUCCAGUUUCAGUGGGCCUUCAGUCACGGUGCCAAUGUUACUCUGCUGGCUGCCAACCUCCGUAACGACCACCUCAUCAUGACAGGAAGCGGUAUCUACAGCCCGUUUUCUGACACCUACCACCAUGCCAUGAGAGGAGACCCGGAGGAGGGCAGGCUGCUGGUGUCCACGGUGCCAGUUUUAGACGACCUGUGGCUGAUGGAGAGUAAACCCACAGACGAGGAGGCCGAAAAGGCUGAAUCUGCAUCAUCGUUGGCUACAGACUCUGGUUACUGCCACACAGAGAGCUGUCCCGACCCUCCUCCUGCUGCUCCAGAUGCUUCUGCAGUUCCUCCUUCCCACCCUACAUUCAUUUCCUCCAUGAUGUACGAUCCCUUUACAUUUGUCCUCUUAAACAAAACAGAGGACAAACUUACAGUGUGUAAUGGCAGUUUCUGCUGUCAUCUUGGGUACAAGUGGACAACGCAAGGCAAGAUGAAAGAACUCUAUGCACUGGGAGCGUUUGCAGGACUGCACACCCAUAACGGACGUUACGCCCUGCAGGUGUGUGCACUUGUGCGCUGUGCAGAGCUGGAGCCCAGCUCCUGUGGACAGGAGGUGGAUGAGGCCGAGUCUAAGAUGGACUUCCUGUUGGAGGGGAAGUUUGAUACCAAAUAUGUGUACCCGUUAGUUUUGACGAGUCGUAUGGUGCUGGAGCACCCUGAGAGGCUGGAGAAAACUGAUGCUGGGAGAGUGGCCAUGAAACACUCCAACAUGACUGGGGGCCUGGUCACUGCGUAUCUGUACGGACGAAUGUACCACCUGGACAAUGAAUGAGCUGCUGUGGAAAAGAUGCAAAGUAAACAAGAUGUCUUGAGAAGAAAAAGCAGAGAAAAGCCGGUUAGGCAGUUGGUCGUGCUCCAGCGUGGCUCAGGCUGUUUGUUUUGAAAAAGCUGACCAUUAAAAUCAGGUCAUUAAAAUCCA